UCCCUUCGAACGAUGCUGCACCCCACGCGGCGAAUUUGGCUCUUCCUCCUCCGACGACGACGGCGUCGCCGUUCUAGCGUGGUCGGCAUGGACGUCAUCCACACAGAUUAGUCUCCAUUACGCGCAUUCUGCACUGGAUUACGGCAAAACCCAACCAGGUUCGGUUUCAUCUGGCGGAGUGGAAUAUACGCCAAAAAAAGCUUACCAACACCGAUAUGAAGAUGUCGGUGGAAUCUCACCUUUUACUGUGCCCGACGAUGCCGCUCGCCGGUGUUGCCAGGAGCGCAAGGCAUCGGCGUUUGGCGCAACUGUCCUAAGAGAGUGUUGGACGACAUCAACGAGCAGCUUCUCAUCGUUUUUAAGCAGACCAAGGCACGGGAGUUUCAAUAACACAACAAACCAAGGGAUCAGGAGAAAUACCUGUUCUGACAGCUUGGUUGUCCGCCGCGCAGUAGGCAGCGGCAUUAUUGAAGCGUGCAGCUCAGGCUUCAAGGAAGUAGAGUACAGUUUGAAUAUGGGCUGGAUUAAUAAGUAUAUUCCUGGAGGCGUUAAGGACACUUCAACGCCGUUCAUUAUUGGUUCUGACAAAUGGAUGAGCAGCACAGCUCAACUAAAAGGAGAGGCAGCCUCCUCAACCGUGGACCAAGCCCCAGUACACGAUCUUCCCAAGCCUGAAUUACCCCGAACUCAGUCCUUGUCUCCUCCAUCUCACUCGCCUUCUGAAAUAACGAGGUCAUCCUCCGUGAGCUGUGUCACGCAGAAAAGUGACGGGGGGUUGUAUCCUGUAAUACAUCAGUCAUCACACUCUCUGGAAAGCAGUCAGAGAAUCCAAGCUGACAGUGAGAAGCCUCAGUCUUCCUCGCUAUAUCCCAAAAUAUACGAAGGGGUGCCAGACGAAGAGGUAGCAAACGAGGGAGGCUUUGGAAAAGAUGUCGACUCUGCAAAUGAUCGUCCGCUUAAUCCCCGAGAAGAAUGCUUGUUUUCUACUCCAGUUGCAAUUGUGUACCUUGUUGAUGAGCAACAGAGCCCUCAUUUGGCAACUGACUACUUCUCAAUCGUCCGCAUUACACAAAAGGGCAACGACAGUGUUGUGAUUGUGCGUGUUGGAGAGGACUUGCAUUGGCCUUUGAUGAAAGAUGUGCCAACCGUCAAACUCGACCCUACUCAUUACUUCUUCACAUUAUCAUUCCCCUCCUCGUUGGAUGAGGCUAUUGGGAGUGAGACACUUGAGGGUAAUCGCUUAGUAACGCUGAAUUACGGAGUGACAUUUCCGGACCGUAAAGAUCAUGAGAAAGAGUUCAAGCAGUUAGACGAACUAUUAAUUUUGUACAGUUCCUUUUCAUCUCCAACCCUUGUACAUGGAGAUCAACAAAAAGAAAAGUUUAUUCAAAAUACGCAACAGUUGUCUGUACAGGAGAAAGAUAAAGAAAUCGUUGCUCCUUCAGCAAACCAGGUAGAAAAGUAUGGUGGUCAAGUGGUUCCCAAGGAAGUAUUAUCAAGUGACGGCAAGCAGGUCGUUGCUACGGAAGAGAACCAGGCUGCAUUUUGGACGACCAUGGCGCCGAAUGUCGAUGACUAUGGGUCAAGUGCUGCGAGGGCCAUUGCAACUGGUACAGGCCAAAUUAUUCGUGGAAUCUUUUGGGUUCGGGACUCCACUGUAAAGCAGCUUGAGAGUGGCACCAUUUACAUGAAGACUAAGCUUAAUACUAAUGACAAGCCAAGCACUAUCAGUCCAAAAGCCCUUAAAAACAUGAAGCGAGUUCGUAAACUGUCGCGGGCAACUGAGAAUGUAGCGAAAGGUGUUCUGGGUGGCAUUGUAAAGGCGGCAGGAUUCUUAACAGGCUCAGCAAUCCAGUCAAAAGCCGGGUCGAAGAUUUUCAAGUUGAUGCCUGGGGAGGUGGCUCUUGCAUCGUUGGAUGCGUUUGGCAAGUUGUUUGAUGCUGUGGAGAAGGCCACUAAAGAUGUCCUUCACUCUUCCUCAGAGAUGACGCAAACUGUCGUCGCACACAAAUAUGGAGAGCCAGCUGGACAGGUGGCCCAGGACACGUUGGCAACGGCAGGACAUGUCAUCGGUACAGCGUGGACUAUUUCAAAGCUGCGCAAGGCCCUGAAUCCCAAGGAUGGCUUGGUACCCUCCAAAACCUCCGUGGUGAAGGGGUUGGCCAAAUCUGCCCUUAAAGGGAGGUAGAAGCAGUAGUAGUCGAUCAUGAUGCCCUCCCUAUAUCCGUUGUUAUUCUUCUUCCCAAGGCCUGAAUCCUUCAAAAAAAAAUAAUAAAUAAAUAUAUAUAUAUAUAUAAAACACACAUAGAAAAGAAAGCACCCUUGUAGAUAGACGGUGAUUUAUUCUCUCUACCCCCAGCAGCUGAUGGUUCAAAUUUGAGCACUUUCCAAUUUCUUGUUUGUUUAAUGUGCUUCCAAGAUUUACAAUUUUAAUUUAUAUAAUUUAUUCUGGUUUUUUAAUUUUUAA